AUGGGUGUCAUAGAAAAGAUCAAGGCCAUCGAGGAAGAGAUGGCCAGAACGCAGAAGAAUAAAGCCACAGAACAUCAUUUGGGGCUUUUAAAGGGUAAACUGGCGAGAUAUAGACAACAACUGCUUGAAGAGAAUGCCGCUAGUACUGGUGGUGCUGGUGGUACUGGAUUUGAAGUUGCCAAAUCCGGUGAUGCUAGAGCCGUGUUAAUUGGGUACCCAUCUGUAGGAAAAUCUUCUUUGUUGGGGAAAAUUACAUCUACCAAGAGUGAAGUUGCCCAUUAUUCAUUUACAACAUUGACUUCUGUUCCAGGUGUUCUUAAAUAUGAAGGUGCUGAGAUUCAAAUUGUGGAUUUACCAGGUAUUAUUUAUGGUGCUUCUCAAGGUAAAGGUCGUGGUCGUCAAGUUGUCUCUACAGCUAGAACUGCAGACCUUGUAGUGAUGGUUCUUGAUGCAACAAAGAGUCAACACCAACGUGAAUCUCUAGAGGCAGAAUUAGAAGCAGUUGGGAUCCGUUUAAACAAAGAACGUCCAAAUAUUUAUUACAAGAAAAAGGAAACAGGUGGUGUUAAAGUAACGUUUACUGCUCCACCUCAAGCAAACCUGACUGAAGACGCCAUCAAGAUGAUAUUGAAGGAUUAUCGUGUACAUAAUGCAGAUGUAUUGGUACGUGAUGAUCAGUGUACAAUUGAUGACUUCAUUGAUAUUAUUAAUGAUCAACAUCGUAACUAUAUCAAAUGUUUAUACGUUUACAAUAAGAUCGACGCCGUAUCUUUGGAAGAAGUUGACAAAUUGGCUCGUGAACCAAACACUGUGGUUAUCUCAUGUGAGAUGGAUUUAGGAAUGGAUGACGUUGUUGAACAGAUAUGGUACCAAUUGAAUUUAAGUCGUGUGUACACCAAGAAACGUGGGUUUAAACCAAGUUUUGAGGAUCCACUAGUGGUAAGGUCCAAUUCUUCAGUUGGGGAUCUAUGUCAUUCUAUCCACAGAGAUUUCAAGGAUAAGUUCAAGUAUGCUUUAGUUUGGGGUUCUUCAGCUAAACAUUCACCUCAAAAAUGUGGUCUUACUCAUAGGAUAGAUGAUGAGGACGUCAUCACUUUGUUCACUAAAUAG